UUUUUGAAUUUGAGCUAUUAGUAUAAUAAUAUUUAUAUGAGGAAUAUUUAUUAAUUUUUUAGCGUUAAGUAUUUUGAUAAUUGAAGAAUAAAAAGAGGAAUUGGGAGUGGCUGGUCGAGUGGUCGUUGAAAUUUCCAAAACGCAGAGCAGAACAGAGCAGAGGGACUCUCCAAAAAGUUGAAUCAAUUCCUUCGCGACAGGAAUUUAAUGGCGAUUGACGACGAGAAGACGGACGGGAAGGUCUGGGGGCUGUUCAAGCUGCCUUUCCGGAACUCUCAGUCGACGACGUCGUCGUCUUCAUCGAAUUUGCAUCAUUAUAAUCAGUACAAUUACGGCCAUGGGAACACGAAUUCUAAUACUCAAGUGGAGGGAUCGGGUGGUGCUCAGUCCAGUGGUACCGUCUCCGUCUCCUCCGUCGCCAGAUCCUUGCUCCCCACGCGCCGUCGUUUGAAGCUUGAUCCAUCUAAUAAGCUCUAUUUUCCUUAUGAGCCGGGUAAGCAAGUCCGGAGUGCUAUCAAAAUAAAAAACACGAGCAAGUCUCAUGUAGCAUUCAAGUUCCAAACAACUGCACCAAAAAGUUGUUUUAUGCGUCCACCUGGUGCCAUUCUUGCUCCUGGCGAGAGUAUAAUAGCAACCGUGUUUAAGUUUGUGGAGCCCCCAGAGAACAAUGAAAAACCAACCGAUCAGAAAAGCAGGGUCAAGUUUAAGAUUAUGAGCCUAAAAGUGAAGGGCCCUAUGGACUACAUACCCGAACUGUUUGAUGAGAACAAGGACCAAGUGGCAGUUGAGCAAAUACUACGGGUUGUUUUUCUUGACAUCGAACGUCCUACUCCUGCUCUAGAUAAACUGAAGCGUCAAUUAGCUGAGGCAGAGGCCGAAUCGGAGGCUCGCAAAAAGCCUUUGGAAGAAACGGUCCCAAAGUUUAUUGGGGAAGGACUGGUUAUCGACGAAUGGAAGGAAAGAAGAGAGCGGUAUCUAGCCCGACAAGGCGAAGGUGUAGAUUCUGCUGUAUGAGUUGAGUUGCUCUAUCACGAAAGCUUCCAUGAGUGUCUUUCAAUGAUGCAUUCAAUCUUUCUUUUUUUUUUUUUUUUUUAAUCAUAGUUAUUCCUCCAAAAGGCAAUCAAUGUGACAUCUGCCAUUUUAAUUCGAAUUUUCUGUAACUUUUAAGGUAUACUAAUUUGGCUUUUUGCCACACAUAUACAUACAUGCUUGUAGAUACUUUGUUCUUUUUGUACUUGUUGUCUGUGGUGGCUAUGAACGGCAUUAUCUUGCCCUUAUCUUUUUAUCCCAA